GGAUUGUAGCAAGCGCGCAACUCACAUCACACUGUAGCAGCAGAGGCGGCGGGCGUGUGGUGUGUGAAGAGGGAAGAGCGGACUCGCUGCCAAAAGCGCAGUCCUGUAACUACAGUAUAGCACUGCGAACAGACUCGCAUUGCGUACAGGCACACAUACGCUCAACUAAAAACAAAACUUAUUCUUUUAAUACUUCCGUGUUCAAAAUGGCUGACCCCGUGCAACUGAGCAGCGACGGAGAAGGGGCCGAGAAUAUGAGAGGGUUUGCAAGGCAAGGUGCCCUGAGACAGAAGAAUGUACACGAAGUGAAGGAUCACAAGUUUAUCGCCCGUUUCUUCAAGCAGCCGACCUUCUGCAGCCACUGCACGGACUUUAUCUGGGGAUUCGGUAAACAGGGAUUCCAGUGUCAAGUCUGCUGCUUCGUGGUGCACAAGCGCUGCCAUGAAUUCGUCACCUUCUCCUGUCCCGGCGCUGAUAAGGGUCCCGCCUCAGACGACCCACGGAGUAAACACAAGUUCAAGGUGCACACGUACUCCAGCCCGACCUUCUGCGACCACUGCGGCUCCCUGCUGUACGGCCUCAUCCACCAGGGCAUGAAAUGUGACCACUGCAUGAUGAACAUCCACAAGCGCUGCGUGGCCAACGUGCCCAGCCUCUGUGGGACUGACCACACCGAGCGGAGGGGCCGCAUCCAAAUCAGCGCUGCGAUCAACAGCAAUGUGCUGACCGUCUCCAUUAAAGAGGCAAGGAACUUGGUACCCAUGGAUCCCAAUGGUCUGUCUGACCCCUAUGUCAAGCUGAAACUCAUCCCAGACCCCAAGAGUGAGAGCAAACAGAAGACCAAGACCAUCAAGUGUUCCCUCAACCCUACAUGGAAUGAAACUUUUAUAUUCAAUCUGAAGGAGUCAGACAAGGAUCGCAGGUUGUCUGUGGAGAUCUGGGACUGGGACCUGACCAGCCGGAACGACUUCAUGGGAUCGCUGUCGUUCGGGAUCUCUGAGCUGCAGAAGAUGGGGGUGGAUGGAUGGUACAAACUGCUCAGCCAGGAGGAGGGGGAGUACUUCAAUGUGCCCGUCCCACCCGAGGGCGACGAAGGCAACGAGGAGUUCAGGCAGAAGUUUGAGAGAGCCAAAAUCGGACCUGGAAAUAAGAACACAGACAUGGGCACCAACGUCAUCUCCAAAUUCGACAACAAUGGCAACCAGGACCGCAUGAAGCUGACUGACUUCAAUUUCCUCAUGGUGCUGGGCAAGGGUAGCUUUGGAAAGGUGAUGCUGGCAGAGAGAAAGGGCACCGAGGAGCUGUACGCCAUCAAGAUCCUGAAGAAGGACGUGGUGAUCCAGGACGACGAUGUGGAAUGCACCAUGGUGGAGAAGAGGGUCCUCGCCUUGUCCGGAAAGCCCCCCUUCCUCACGCAGCUUCACUCUUGUUUCCAGACUAUGGACCGCCUGUACUUUGUGAUGGAGUAUAUCAACGGAGGAGACCUCAUGUACCAGAUCCAGCAGGUUGGCAAGUUCAAGGAGCCGCACGCUGUGUUCUACGCCGCCGAGAUCGCCAUAGGCCUGUUUUUCCUGCAUGCGAAGGGCAUCGUGUAUCGGGACCUCAAGCUGGAUAACGUGAUGCUGGACUCGGAGGGACACAUCAAAAUCGCCGACUUCGGCAUGUGCAAGGAGAACAUGUGGGACGGCGUGACCACCAAGACCUUCUGUGGUACCCCUGAUUACAUCGCUCCUGAGAUCAUUGCCUACCAGCCAUAUGGCAAGUCUGUGGACUGGUGGGCUUUUGGCGUGCUGCUGUACGAGAUGCUGGCGGGAGAGCCGCCCUUCGACGGAGAGGACGAGGACGAGCUGUUCCAGUCCAUCAUGGAGCACCACGUGUCCUACCACAAAGCCAUGACCAAGGAGGCGGUGGCCAUCUGCAAAGGGCUGAUGACCAAGCAUCCCGGGAAGCGUCUGGGCUGUGGGCCAGAGGGAGAGCGUGACAUCAAGGAACACGCCUUCUUCCGCUACAUGGACUGGGAGAAGCUGGAGAACAAGGAGGUCCAGCCACCUUUCAAACCAAAAUCAUGUGGCCGGGACGCUGAGAACUUUGACCGCUUUUUCACCCGCCAUCCUCCCGUCUUAACUCCACCUGACCAGGAGGUCAUCAUGAACCUCGACCAGGCCGAAUUUGAGGGAUUUUCCUACAUUAACCCUCAUUAUCCUCUUAUGGAUAUCAAGAGUUAAGGACAAUCAAAAAAAGCUUAUUGCAAAAUCUCCUAGAUACAAUAUCUGUAACCACUUCUAUUUGUUUAUGUAUAUGUACUGUUUCCAGCUGUACGUGUACGUAAACAAAAAUAUGGAAAAACAAUUUAUUACCCCUUUGGGUUAAAUCAAUUAGUGCAAAUUCCCUUGAAUGAUUUCCUGAAAUUUGAUACCGUUAUUUUACCUCUUUGUCAACAUUGCAUUUCCUAUUGAAUGUCCUUAUCAGAAAUCAGCCAGUAAGAUGUCCAUAGUGAUUCCAGAAAGUUCUAAAAUGACCUUGGAUUUUUAUAUAUAUUGCUUUCAUUAGUUUUUCAUUGCUGCACCCAGUACAGCUCCUCUCCCUGCCAACUUGCCAUUCCAGCCUAUGCAAUAAUGUGUUGCAUAGACAUUUUUGUUCCUUCAGAUUCUCAUCUCAACAAACCUGCCUUCUGCAAUAUUGGUGAUAGUCAUGUGAUACAAUCAUUGAUUUCUGACUGAAUGAAUGAGUCUCUGUCUAUAGCUACUCCGAUCUUGAUCUACAUCUGAGAUUACGUCAUUUUUUGCUUCUGGUUGCUUCUGUAUUUUUCCCUCUAGUAAUGGAAGAUUUUUCCAGUCCCAAACCAAAUCUUGAAGGAAGAGCAUACAACAAAUUACGUCAUUGUGCAUGUGCUUUUUUCAUAGCAGUUCCAGAACAAUAGUUAGUAAGAUAGUUGAAAUCAGAUAUUAUAUACAUACAAAUAUAGAAUGCAUACAUGUAUACAUAUAUACAUAUGAUAGUUACAAUAACAAAUUGUUUUUUUUCCAAGCAUGAAAAACGUUUACAGGAUGAAUCAAUCCAGCGGUUUGUUUGGUCCAACAUUAGUGCUUCUGUCAGCGUGCUCCUCCGUAGUGGUGCUAUGGUACUCUUGCCUGUACAUAGAGUGGCUCUGUAUUACCCCACUCCCUCUGGAACCAGAAUACCCCCUGCACCCUGCACACAUACACACACACUCAGACACUGCAGCAACUGUGCAAAUUUGGAAAUGCACCAUUUUGAACCGCAGUGGCCGUAUCAACAGAGCCCAUUUCUGAAGAAAAGCAUGUCCACCUGUGAUGAAAAGCUUGUUAAUGGUUCCCUGGCCUGUGUCGUAUGUUUUGGGUGAUACAGCUGCCAUCAGGGGCACAGGAAAAGCACACUUCACCUGGAACAGGUCAGGCCAGGCCUCUUCAGCACUGUGCUGAGGUUGGGCCGGAAGGCGGCGCACUGGACAGCAACCUGAAAGAUUUGUGGGCCGUUGCCCAGCAACUUUACCUUACUUUGACCUUUGGCAGCAUGUUGCUUUUAUAAGCAAACAACCAGCAUAGCCAAAAUUUACUGGAGAAACAUGAUGGUGGCAUUUUCUGAAAGAGGACAUUCCUUACACUUUUAAGCAAUUAAAAUUUAUAUAGGGAUACUGUGUUUCUUAAUUAUUACGUGUGGAGACCUUCACUGCAAAUAGCUAGUGUAAACAGUGUGCACAAGCCUUUCACUGGGUUAAGAUUAUACAGUGUAGCAGUGAAAACAUGCUUGUUAAAACUUGUGUCUGUAGUUGUUUCAGUGUUAGUCUUGUUGACAACCGCUAGUUUCCAAGUUCCUGAGACAAAGAGCACUGUUAAAAGGUCAUGCACAAUUUGAAAUGCUGGCCAUGCGGGCCGACAAAUAAAUAAAUAAGUUGUCUGCGGGAUAAUUCAGUUGGUAUGUAAGGCCUGUCUUCUUUCCUGAAAUGCCAUUUUGUUUGUCUGUAACAGAAGCUAAUCUGUGGUCAAUGGUGCACGGCAGAUUCCUCUGUGCUGUCAAGGGCUCGACCCUGUAGCUCCUGCAGUGUCCACACUGGCUAGCAAUCCCUUCCCACCGCAUUUAAAGCACAUGCAAGGUAUAUGGAGGAUUCUAAAUAUGAAUGGGUCGACAUGUAUGCCAGUUUAAGUUGAUGAAAUCCUCUCAGAUGAUCUCAAGUGCAGCUCAACAACUGUGUUGUAAUGACUGGGUACUAGUAAAUUUAACCAUCAUUGAAAACUACUGGUUCUUCAUAUCAGACCUUACACUAUAGGAGUGUUAAACUUAAGAUAAUAUUGUUUAUAAGAGUUUUCCAAUAAUUAUUGUCUGGUAAUAAAUAAUCUUUGUUUUUUAUUUCUAGACUAGAUUAUUAUUAAGAAGAUUUAUUACUUUAGUUAUCUACAUUGAUAUAGAAGAAUUGUAAUUUCUGCCAAAACUGGUGUGUAGAUUAUUACAGGGCUUUCAUAUUUUUGUAAGCAUCUCAUAAACAUUCUUAUGAUACACACUGCUGUGCAAGAGUCGUAGACAUUUUGCGUUUUCAUACUAAGAUGCAUAAGGAAUUCAAAUCUUUGUAUAUGGUUGAAGCAGUCAGAUUUUUCAGAUGGAGGAGAAAGGGGAUCAAGGAGCUUGAUGUUUGAAAGAAAUGUAGUACACCAUUCCACCAUGUUUAUGACCAAAUUAGCUAGAUUUCCCUUAAUUAGUUAUGGUUUUAUUUAAGAGGUAGGGUAGAGGAAUGUGAUAUAAGGUAUAGUGUGCAUUAUUUGGAAAUUGUACAUUUUCAGAUGUAUUCACAUUUAAUGCAAACUUUUGUUUCCAUGUCCAUCAAAGUAUAACAAUGGCAAAAUGCCUCUUGCACAACAGUGUGUAUAGUGUGUGCAUAAAUAAUGUGUCAAAUUAUGUUUAGUAAAGUUCUUGCAUAUUAUGUGGUCGGGAUUCUGUCUGUGAGCCUUACAGUAUUGUAUAAAAAAAAGAAAAAAAAAGAAUUUUAAUGUUAAGAUAUGUGUCUUUUCUAAACUGAUGAUAUCAAAGUUUUUCAUUAACAAGAAAUUGUGCAUGUGCUUAAGUAACAGCUGUAAUGUCAUGUUCUUUUUGACCAUUUGUGCUUCAGUGGGUGCUUCAUUGCUACUGUGUGGGCUUUGUACACUUUAACUCAGAUGCUGUUAAUGUGCCAAAGUAUUUUCCAAAAAAAGAAUAUAUUAAAUAAAACUUUACAUGAUGAGCUA